AAGAAACAUCAGUAACAGCAAUGGAAUCACAGCAGUCCAACAAGCCGCAUAGGGGCGGGACGGCCAAGACCACUGCUAAGAAGAAGUUACAUCAGAAUGGUCAAAAUAAGAAGGCAUUUGCCGUGAAUGCACCUCGAAAGUUGGAAAGAAUGGCCAGAAGAUCUCAUGAUGUUAAUGAAAAGAAGUUGCAUGUACCCAUGGUGGAUAGAACCCCUGAUGACGAUCCUCCUCCAGUGAUUGUGGCUGUAGUGGGACCACCAGGUACGGGGAAAACCACUCUUAUUAAGUCAUUAGUUAGAAGAUUAACUAAAACUACUUUAACAGAAAUUAAAGGACCUAUUACAGUAGUUAGUGGGAAACGUAGAAGAUUAACAUUUCUUGAAGUUAGUAAUGAUUUAAAUUCCAUGAUUGAUGCAGCCAAAAUAGCUGAUUUGGUACUUAUGCUUGUGGAUGGAAAUUAUGGACUUGAAAUGGAAACUAUGGAAUUCUUAAAUAUUGCUCAACAUCAUGGGAUGCCGAGAGUUUUAGGAGUUGCCACCCAUUUAGAUUUAUUUAAAUCUCAAUCUACAUUAAGAACAUCUAAGAAACGUUUGAAACAUCGGUUCUGGACUGAAGUUUAUCAAGGUGCUAAAUUAUUUUAUUUAUCAGGAGUUAUUAAUGGAAGAUAUCCUGAUCGUGAGAUCUUAAAUUUAACAAGAUUUAUUUCAGUUAUGAAGUUUAGACCAUUAAAGUGGAGAAAUGAACAUCCUUAUUUAUUAGCUGAUAGAAUUACUGAUUUAACUCAUCCUCAACAAGUAGCAGAUGAUCCAAAAUGUGACAGAAAAGUAGCUAUUUAUGGUUAUUUACAUGGUGUACCAUUACCAUCUCAAGAUGCCACCAUUCAUAUUGCUGGAGUUGGUGAUUAUACUGUACAUUCAAUAGAAAAACUUCCUGAUCCAUGUCCUACACCAUAUUUUGAACAAAGAUUAGAUGAUUUAGAAAGAGAACGAGCCAAAGCUGCAGCAGCUGAAGGUCAAGAAGUUGCUAAAACCACCAGAAGACGUAAGAGAUUAGAAGAUAAACAAAAGAUUAUCUAUGCCCCCAUGUCGGAUGUUGGAGGAGUCCUUGUAGAUCGAGAUGCUGUCUAUAUUGAUGUAGGAGCUAAAGAGUCGUUCAAUAAAGAUACUGAAGAAGAACUUGGAGAAGGAGAGAAAUUCGUGACGGACCUUCAAGAUGUCCAGAAGACAAUGCAAGAAAGACUUGAAGAGGGUCCUGGUUUGCAGUUAUUCUCCAGUUCAUCUGCUCUCAAUAGAAUUGGCGAAGAAGAAGAAGAAGAAGAAGACGACGACGACGAAGAUGAAGAAGAGGACUACGAUGAGGACGAUCAAGUGGUGGUUGAUUCCGGAAGAAAAGCCCUCAGAAGACCCAACGUCUAUGGCAAAAGCAUUGCCGAGGAUGAUGAGUUUGAUAACGAAGUGUCGGACGACGACGAAGACCACUACGACUCUGAUGAACCAAAAUUGGUUGAUAUUGAUUUCUCCAACGAUAACUAUGCCAAUGAUAAGUUGGAGUAUGUAGAAGACUCGUCCUUAGAAUCAGAUGAAGAGCCUGCCAGUGUGGCUGCUCGUUUACAGGGCAGUGUACGUAGACGAUGGGAUAUCAAUAAGUUAUUAUACUUGAGCAAUAUCGAUCCAGCAGAAGUAAUUAAGAGAUGGAAGGGUCAAGAAGAAGAUGAUGAAGAAGAGGAAGAAGAUAUUGAACAAGAAGAAGAUUUCUUUACCAAGAAGAGUUCAGCCGAAGUGUCUGAAGAUCUCGAUCAAUUCCAGCCUACUUAUCCAUCUAUAGAUAUCUUAAGAAAGAAGUAUGAAGAUAGUGAUGAAGAGUAUGAGAAUGGAUAUAAGUUCUUAAAGGACAGAUUCCUUGUGGCACCAAAGAUGAGUGAAGAGAAUGGAGACGAAAAGGAGGGAGAUGAGGAAGAAGUGUAUGGAGACUUUGAGGAUUUAGAGGGAGAAGGAGAAGACGGAGAAGAAGGCGGAGAAGAAGAAGAAGAAGAAGACGAGGAUGACUUUGCCGACUUUGAUGCCGAAGAACAAAAGGAGGAAGAAGAAGAAGAGGAAGUGGACGACGAGAAUCUCACUACUGAACAAAAGAGACAGCUCAAUGCCGAGAAGAAAGCUAAAUUAAAGAUGCAAUUUGAAGAAGAAGAGGAUCGGGAGUUUGGAGCCGACGAUCCGGAAGAAGAAGCCGAGACAUGGUAUGAAUUUCAAAAGAAUAAGAUGGCUAAACAAUUAGAAAUUAAUAAGGCCGAAUAUGAAGAGAUGGAUCCGGAACAAAGAAUCAGUAUCGAGGGAUACCGGGCCGGAUCUUAUGUUAAGAUUGUAUUUGAAUCACUUCCUUGUGAAUUUGUUAAUAAUUUACGUCCGGAAUUCCCUAUAGUAUUAGGAGGAUUACUUGCGACCGAAUCGAGAUUCGGAAUCAUGAAUGUCCGGAUUAGAAGACACAGAUGGCAUAAAAAGAUUUUAAAAUCUCAAGAUCCUCUUAUUCUUUCCUUAGGGUGGAGAAGAUUUCAAACCUUACCAAUCUAUACUACAUCUGAUUCUAGAACUAGAAAUAGAAUGUUAAAGUAUACUCCCGAACAUGCGUAUUGUUUUGCCUCAUUCUAUGGACCUUUAGUGGCUCCAAACACGACCUUUGUCGGAUUUAAUAUUAUCGAUAAAUCAUCAACCACCGGAUCUUUUAGAGUGGCUGCAACAGGAAUAGUUGAAGAUUUAAAUUCAUCAGUUGAAAUCGUUAAGAAAUUAAAAUUGGUAGGACAUCCAUAUAAAAUCUUUAGAAAUACUGCCUUUAUUAAGGAUAUGUUUUCUAAUGCAUUAGAAGUAGCUAAAUUCGAAGGAGCCUCUAUAAGAACCGUUUCGGGAAUUCGAGGAGAAAUUAAACGAGCACUUUCUAAACCGGAUGGCCAUUUCCGAGCAACUUUUGAAGAUAAAGUAUUAAUGUCAGAUACAAUCUUUUUAAAGACAUGGUAUCCUGUACCAGUUAAAAAAUUUUAUAAUCCAGUAACUUCUCAUUUAUUACGUGAUCAUGAUGAAUGGAAAGGUAUGAGAUUAACUGGACAAGUUCGAGCCGAAAAUAAUAUUGCUACACCAUUAAAUUCUGAUAGUGCUUAUAAAAAGAUUGAAAGAACUGAAAGAAGAUUUAAUGCACUUAAAGUUCCAAAAUCUAUAAAGGCUUCUUUACCAUUUAAAUCUCAAAUUCAUACUAUGAAACCUCAAAAGAAAUCAACUUAUAUGGCUAAACGUGCUGUAGUGGUUGGUGGUGAUGAAAAGAAAGCUAGAGAUUUAAUGCAAAAGAUUGCUACUGUUCGAAAGGAAAAGGAAGCUAAACGGAAAUCUAAAAAGAGUGAUAAAUUUAAAGAAAGACUAAAGACAAUUGCUAAGAAGGAAGAAUUCCGAAAGGAGAAGGAAAGAGAACGAAAGAAGGAAUACUUCCAGAAAGAAGGAAAGAAACGGCCUUUAGCUGCAAGUAGUUCCAAUGCAUUUGGAAAGAGACAGCGUACAUAGACAUACAUAGACUUAAAAUAUAUAUUAGCUAAUUUACUAAUUUAC